AUGACCACAAAACGGCCGCCCGCUUCAACGCUGAAAUGGUGCCAACAGGAGAUCGGACCAAUUUGUGAUGGAAUCUGCAUGGCUGUGAGAAGUCAACUUGGGUACGAUGGACGGAGAAUUGAGAAACAGAUCAGAAGAAAAGCCCUCCAGACGGUGGUAAUGGGUGGGCAAGAUGUGGAUCCAUUGAAAGAGCCAAACAAAACAAAUGAUUCAGUUCUUUCUACUGCACUUCCAUCAACAAAUGAAACUCUUCAACGCGCUAGGGUUGUUGCAGCUGGAAUCGAAACUUUCGCAAAACUAAUGUCCCAAGGAAUAUAUCCUGGUUCAGCUGGAUUCACUAUUUCUGAAUCAGGAGAACGACAAUAUGUCAAGCAAUCGUCUCCAAUUCAGUCUACUUUAGUUGCGAAUUUGAUAUCCACUGCUGAAAAAAUCAGCAAAGGAGCCAUUUCUGUACCAUUUCCCUUACCGACUCUGACAAAACUGGGGACCUGGGCGAUUUCAAAUCCUACAGCUGAGUUGCCAAUCCCUUCACAGAUCAGAGCUGCAGUACCAGCAAUUGGGCGAGUGGAAGUUCUUAUUCAAUCGAUUUUAGGAGUGACAACAGCUCGACAAAUCACAGGAACAGUAGUCACAGAACCUAGAAAGUUGAAGUUAGAAGGAGUCACUGAUCAGAGUAGUGGAUUUACUGAAGCAACCGCCUUGCCAGAUGCUCAACCUUUGGACAAAACUUUGACCAGGGAAGAGGCGGAUUUUCUGAUAAAAGCUGCAAAAUCCGUCCAAGACGAUAAUGCCGAGACAGCAAUUUACGGCGACAAGAAAACAAAACCAGAAGUUUAUCGUCCGGAAUUACCGAAAAAUUUUGAAGUGAACCUAGAAAUGGGAAACGUUCAUACGUUAACACGAAGCAAUGAAAGCUCCGUUCCAGCUACUAGAAUCGGAAGAUUAGCUACGUUUGGACAGUUGGCUUUUGGUCUUCUGGGUGGAGCAACCGCUGAAGUUACAAGAAGAGCCUUUGGAAUCGGAAAGAAGUUACAAGAAGAAGGAGUUCCCAAGAAUCCAUUUCUAUCUGAAGCCAAUGCUGAUCGUAUCGUAGCUACUUUAUGUAGAGUCCGAGGAGCUGCUCUCAAACUAGGCCAAAUGCUUUCAAUUCAAGAUUCAUCUACAGUACCACCUGCUCUUCUUGAAAUUUUUGAAAGAGUUCGCCAAUCGGCUGAUUUCAUGCCACUCAAACAAGUUCACCGUCAAAUGAGAGAUGCUUUCGGAGACGAUUGGAGGGAUAAAUUUGAGCAGUUUGAUGAUAAGCCAUUCGCGUGUGCUUCUAUUGGACAAGUGCAUAAAGCAACUCUGAAAGAUGGGAGAAUCGUUGCAGUGAAAGUACAGUAUCCCGGUGUGGCCGAGGGAAUAGACUCUGAUAUCGACAAUUUGGUAUCGGUACUUUCAGUCGGAGGCAUUUUUCCAAAAGGAAUGUUCUUGGACGCAUUCGUUGCAGUGGCUAGAAGAGAAUUGAAGCAAGAGUGUGAUUACGAAAGAGAAGCGAGAGCAAUGAGAAAGUUUCGGGAGUUGAUUGCAGAUUGGGAAGAUGUAUAUGUUCCCGAAGUAAUUGAUGAACUGUCAUCUUCGCGAGUGCUGACAACUGAACUAGUCUAUGGUAAACCAGUAGAUGCGUGUGUAAAAGAACCACAAGUAGUCAGAGAUUAUAUUGCUGGCAAGUUCAUCGAAUUGUGUCUGAAAGAGAUUUUCUUAUGGCGAUUCAUGCAAACCGAUCCAAACUGGUCCAACUUUUUCCUUGGCAAACAUCCGAAGACUGGUGAACCACGGCUUGUUCUCCUGGACUUUGGAGCUUCAAGAGCUUAUGGAAAGAAAUUUGUUGACAUUUAUAUGAACAUAAUCAAGGCAGCUUACGAUGGAGACAAAAAAAAGAUUAUUGAUUUCUCUCGAGAAAUCGGUUUCUUGACUGGAUACGAAACUGCUGUAAUGGAAGAGGCACAUGUGGAAUCUGUCAUGAUAAUGGGCGAAACUCUCGCUAGUAAUCAUCCAUAUGAUUUUGCCAAUCAAGAUGUGACAAAAAGAAUACAAAAGCUGAUUCCAGUAAUGUUAGAGCACAGACUCACUUCUCCCCCAGAAGAAAUUUACUCUCUUCAUCGAAAACUUUCCGGAUGCUAUCUUCUUGCCGCUAAACUCAAAGCUACCGUAUCCUGUGGCGGCUUGUUCCAUGAAAUCCACGACAAUUAUGUUUAUGGUGAAGAUGGAAAAGACAUAAACAUUGACUGA